UGUGCAACUAUAAGGAUGCAGACUGCCGUAAAACACCAAAGAAGAAGAAGAGGAAGAAGUGUGCGCAUGCGUAGAGCGCGGUGAAAGCAGUUGGACCGCAGACCGAACAUGAGCUCCAUCGGAACCGGGUACGACCUGUCGGCCUCCACCUUCUCUCCUGAUGGACGAGUGUUUCAGGUGGAGUACGCCAUGAAGGCCGUGGAGAACAGCAGCACGGCCAUAGCGAUUCGCUGUCAGGACGGCGUGGUGUUCGGGGUGGAGAAGCUUGUUCUGUCCAAGCUCUACGAGGAGGGCUCCAACAAACGCAUCUUCAACAUCGACCGACACGUCGGCAUGGCGGUGGCGGGCCUGCUGGCUGACGCUCGCUCUCUGGCUGACGUAGCCCGAGAAGAAGCCUCCAGCUUCAGAUCCAACUACGGACAUGACAUCCCACUGAAGCACCUGUCAGACAGAGUGGCCAUGUACGUCCACGCCUACACGCUGUACAGCGCCGUGCGGCCGUUCGGCUGCAGUUUCAUCCUGGGCUCGUAUGAUAAAGAUGACGGUCCUCAGCUGUACAUGGUCGACCCGUCCGGCAUCUCAUACGGUUAUUGGGGUUGUGCCAUCGGGAAAGCAAAACAAGCCGCCAAGACAGAGAUCGAAAAACUACAGAUGAAGGAGAUGACGUGCAGAGAGCUGGUCAAAGAGGUCGCCAAGAUAAUCUACAUCGUUCAUGACGAGGUGAAGGACAAAGCCUUCGAGCUCGAGCUCAGCUGGGUCGGAGAAGUCACAAAUGGACGACACGAGCUCGUUCCCAAAGAUGUCAGAGAGGAAGCCGAGAAAUACGCCAAGGACUCUUUGGAGGAGGAAGAUGACUCUGAUGAAGACAACAUGUAGACCACUGACCUCCAUCACAUGACCUCCAUUACAUGACCCCUCCUCCUGUGUUUUUUAUGUUUUCUACUUCCUGUUCACGUUGUUUGAUUUGAUGAAUUUCAGCUUCGAAAAUAAAAAAAGUUGAAAAACAGA